AUGCCCAUCGAGUGGAUAACAAUUGCGACUAUUGAUGUAUCGAAAAUCGUAGCAACCGUCCUGCAUGCGCUCACAUUUUUACUAACAGGGUUCAGGUUGUGGUUCAGACUCAAUAUCCAGCGUUUUUGGUGGGAGGAUGCAUGGGCUACACUAGCGCUCUUAUUCGACAUCAUUUGUUUGGUAGGUCUAUGGAUACCAGCCAACGUCAGCUCCCAAUUCAAUGCAUUGCCCGAAACCUCUUCAGGUUCAAAUGCUCUUGUUGCGUCGGUUUGGUUCUCACUCCUCCUUUGUCCGGCAGUCGUAUGGUCAUCUCGCAUGAGUAUCAUAUAUUCUGUCAUACGCAUCAUUUCCCCGACUUCAAGUAUCCGCCGUUUUGCGUUUGGCAUUGUUGUGCUUUUUGCAAUAAUAUGGUCCCUCCUUGCCGUACCCUAUUGGCUACCUUCAGAUAUCUGGUCCGUGUCUAUUCCAGUAGUGAAACUCAUUUUCCUUACUUGUGCAGCAGCAAACCUCCCGAGGAACGAGCGGCUCGUCAUCCUUUCGAUCUUUUCCUCUAGUAUCCUAACAAGCGUCGCCAGCGCAGUACAUGCCAUAUAUAUUUUCCCAAAUCCUGCUUUUAAGGGAGAAACACUUACCAACUUAGAAUUUCGACUCGAUUUCGGCUUGGUCAUUCUUUCCAAUCUCAAGGCUGCGCUUUCUUUAGUAAUCUGUAACCUAUUGGUUAUCGUCACUUUUCUAUAUCGCAUCAUUCGAAAGGGAUUACUUGAAACAGACUAUCGUUCUUCUCGCCAGUCUGCGGCUUACACAGCCUCCAUAUCUAUACCUCCUCCGGAAUUCCUUACCACGAUAGAUCUGGAAAGUCUUGCCAGUAGUCCUGAGGGUUCGAACACGGACGCUCGUUCUCCUGAUCAGAUGAGCAUGGACAGUAAGCUCCCAGACGGUAUGUCGAUCUUGGCAACAGUAGACCAAUAUCAUUAG